CUCACACUUCUCAUUUUCCUCCUUAUAGAAUUAAAAAAAAAAAAUCCUAAAACUCCCUUUUCUCUCAAUAUCCUUAAAAAAAGAAUUGUUCCAAUUCAUUCAUUUUUAUAUUUUUCUAUAAAAAUAAUGGUUGGAAAAAUUAGCUCUGAUCUUCCUCCUGGAUUUAGGUUUCAUCCAACAGAUGAGGAAUUAAUCAUGUAUUAUCUUCGAUAUCAAGCUACUUCAAGGCCAUGCCCCGUCUCAAUUAUCCCCGAAAUCGAUGUCUACAAGUUCGAUCCCUGGGAAUUACCUGAAAAGGCAGAAUUUGGAGAAAAUGAGUGGUAUUUUUUUACCCCUAGAGAUAGAAAAUAUCCAAAUGGCGUUAGGCCAAAUAGAGCAGCUGUGUCAGGUUAUUGGAAGGCUACUGGCACUGAUAAAGCAAUUUAUAGUGCAAAUAAAUAUGUUGGAAUUAAAAAAGCUCUUGUUUUUUACAAAGGCAAACCACCAAAAGGUGUCAAGACUGAUUGGAUCAUGCAUGAAUAUCGUUUGAGUGAUUCAAAGUCUCAAACAUACUCUAAGCAAAGUGGAUCUAUGAGGUUAGAUGAUUGGGUACUAUGUAGAAUUUAUAAGAAGAAAAAUUUGGGGAAAACUAUAGAGAUGAUGAAAGUUGAAGAAGAAGAAUUGGAGGCACAAAAUGUGAGUAUAAAUAAUGCAAUUGAAGUUGGUGGUGGACCACAAACAAUGAAAUUACCAAGAAUUUGUUCAUUGUCACAUCUAUUGGAAUUGGAUUAUUAUGGAUCAAUUCCACAAUUACUAAGUGACAAUUUAUUAUAUGAUGACCAAAGUUACACAAUGAAUUAUGUGAGUAACACAAGUAAUGUGGAUCAAGUAUCAUCACAACAACAAAAUACAAAUAAUAUUACAAGUAAUAAUUGUAAUAUUUUCUUCAAUUAUCAGCAGCCACUUUUUGUGAAUCCAACGUUUCAAUCCCAGUGAUAAUCAGUAGCGGAGACAGAAUUUUCUAAAUUGAUUCUCAGUUAUAUCAAGGGGGUUCAAUAUGUAUAUAGAUAUAUAUAUACACAAUGUAUUUUUCCGACAAAGGGAUUCCAUCCCGGUGAAAAUAUAUUUAUAUGGAGGCUAUUGGAUGAAAAGGUGACAUCAGAAGUUUAUGACAACAAUUGUAAAAUAUAAUUAAAUGUUAUGUCAUUGGUAUUAUUAGCAACAAACCUUGUAGUAGUAGGGGCAACAAAUUGUUGUUGUAUUAUUUUAGAAUUUAGUUUCUCAGUUUGUAUUUGAAAAAAAAAACUAAUUUACUUGUGAAAUUUUAAUAAAUAUUUUUCAGCAGUC